AUGUCUUAGUUAUGUUAUUAAUUACAUUCAUCUGAUUAAGAAUUUUAUUCUAAAUUUAUACCUCCUGAAGAUACUCCUGGAUUUGAUUUACAUUUUACAGUUGAAAGAUAAUUGAGUGAAACAUAAGCUAAAUUAUUUCAUUAAAAAAUUGUAGAAUAAUUAAAUUUACCUAAAAAAGAGGAAGUAUUAAAUGAAAUAUAAAAAUAUCUAAAUCCAUUAAGAGGCACAUGCAAAUCAGUAAUUAAGGAAUUAGAUUAAAAUAUAUUUACUAAUUAAAUUAGAGAGAUAUCAAAUUAAGAAAUUCUUGAAUAUGUACUCAAUCAUAAAAAAUUUAUAGAAAAUCAUAUUGAAAAAAAAAUAUCAUAAGUGAAACUUCGAAUCUAAUAAAAAAUAAAAAAAAUAGAUAUUUUGAUAGAGAAAUAUCAUAAUAAUCGUUUGAUUGUCAAUUAAAUGAAUAAAAAAAUUAAAUUUGCAUAAAGAUCAAAAUUCUAUAUUAAAUCAGAAUAUCAUCAUUUAAUUGAACCUGAUUAUAUUGUCUACAAAUUUAUAUAUGAACUUAUUUUGGUAUAAAGAAAUAUUUCAGGUUCAAAUUUAAUUAACUCUGAGUUUUUAAAUGUCUUUGCAAUGCCUAAAAGUUUUAAUGAGGAUAAUAAAAAAUCAAAUAGUAUAUAGAUAGAUUAAUAAUAAAUUAGAAAAUAAGAAUAGGAUAUAAUUUAAUAUUAUUUAUAAUUUGGAGAGGAAGGAAAGAUUCCAAUUUUAAAAGUGUUUUUAGAUUAAUUAGAAAUUGAAAUGAAUAAUUAAAUACUUGUAUUAGAAUAAUAUUAAUAAGACUUAAUAAUAAAAGAUCUUGAUGAUUAAAUAAAUGAAUUUAAAAAAAUAUAAAUUGGUUGUUCUGAAUCUUGUCCAUUUUGUGGAAGAAAAUGUGAUCAGGAUGUUUUAAAAAAACAUAAGCAUAAAUGUUCUAAUGGACAUUAAAUUAGAAGUAAAAAUUAUAAAUAAAAAUGAUUAUAGGCAUGAAUGGUAUUUUGGUUGAUUAUAAAUUAUCAUUGUUGAGUUGUGAAGAAUUACAGGAUGAUUAUUAUGUUUAUGAUUAGCAAGUGUAAAAUCUAAGAAAAUGGAUAGAUUUAAAAUAAAAAUAUAAAAAUUGGAAUUUUUGUAAUUUCAAAAAUAAUGAAGAGUUAAAAUAGCAUUAAUUGAAUUAUAAAACUUAUUGGAAUAAUAAGGUAGGUAAAGUUAUUUGUAAUUUUUUAAAUUGUAGAUUUUUUUAAAAGGAAUUAGAUUAAUCGAAUUAAAAAAAUCAUUAUAUUUUAGUAAUUGAUGAAUCUGGUUCAAUGGCAGGGUAAAAGUGGAAAAUAAUGAUGGAAGCAAUUUAAUAAUGUUUUAUAGAGUUACAAAAAAAUCCAAACAAUAGAAUUACUGUUAUUUAAUUUAGUGAUGAUGCUAGAUUUGUUAUUGGACAUAAUCAGCCUGAAGAAAUUCCACCAUUAGAAUAAAUUAAAUAAUUUGAGAUGAUAUCUGGUGGGACUAACUUUGAGAAUGCUUUUCUUUUGAUAUUCUAUGCCAUUUAAAGAUGCAUAUCAUAAUUUGAUUUGUAAAUUUUUUCAAGAUAUUUUAUUUAGUUAAACUAUUUUAUUUUAUACGGAUGGAGAUGCUGAUUAUCCUAAGAUAUCGAUGGAUUUAUUUACAUAAAUUAAUUAAGAACUAAGAUAGAGAAUUGAUAUUUUGAUAUGCAGUGAAAUCAAAGAAUCUAAAUCUUUAGAAAAAGUUUGUUAUCUAUUUUAAUAAAAAAUUGGUAAGGGAAGAAUAAAAGAAAAUGUUAAUAUCGAUUAAGUUGGACAACUGCUAUAAGAAAAGGUUUGUUAAAAAUAUUGAU